UCGAUGUUCUACAUGCUAUACGGGCCUGUCUGUCUCUUGGUCGUCCCCGUCCCACUUCUAUUGUGUCGGUCCGUCGACACUAUAAGAAGUCGCCUGGCGACGGACCAAUAACACACAGGCAGCUAUGGCGACGCCGGUGGCUACGAAUGCAGCAGGGAGACUGUCACGCGCACGUGUCCACACACAUUUCCUUUCUCUCUCUGUACACGAGCUGUCAUGCGGCACUGGCUACCGAUGCAUCGCAUGCCCUUGUCGAUCUGUCUGUCUAUGCGAACAUGCCGCCGAACAUCCUCUUCUCCUGUUGUCUGGCACGCUGCUGGUCCGCCUUGGCACUCUUCAACGCACUCUACACACACACACACACACACACACGCACACACACGCACACCCACGCACAGAGAGAGAGAGAGAGAGAGAGAACGAGUCGUUAAGCCGCCAACACGCGCAUCGGUGUGUUGUGUGUUUACCUUGAUUGCAGCGUCCUGUGGUUCCAUCUCUGCCGCCCUCUCCAGCACGCCCACCGCCUCACCGAAGAGGCUCAGCUGCUGACACGCCAUGCCCUUGCGGUAGAGCGCCUUCGUGUUAUCGGGAUCCAACUUGAUCGCCUGCAGGCAUACAUACACACACUCACGCUUUUCCUUUCAUCUGCCGGGCUGCUGCCCACCUUGUCGCAGUGGGUGACACACUCGCGAGAGCCCCCAAGCUUGAGGGCCACCAGGGCCAGGUUGAGGUGCAGCGACGAGAAGAACUUGGCCUUACUCGGCUCGCUCACGCCGCUCUUCUCGUACGGGAUGGACAGAUUGGCCACGGUGGUCGACAGGGUCUCCGUCGAGUCGGUGGACGUGCCACGGCGGUAGACGGUUGCCGCGUCGUUGCUGCUGCUCGUGUCCUCUGGUGGUGGUUGUGGUGGUGAGGGGAGGGGCGCUGAGGUUGAUGCUGCCGGUGGUGGGAUUGGUCGGCCGUAGUCGGCGUCUUGGUGUGAGUUGAGGAGGGACUUAUACACGUCGAGGAAGCGGCAGUAGUCGAGGGCCAGCUGGUAGGCCUCCCGAGCACUGACCCAGCGCUGGUGCUGCAUGAGGUCGUUGCCCAUCUCCUUGAACUGCCGCGCCUUGUCGAUCCGCGCCGACUCCUCCAACGCCCACUGGUCCAUCUCCUGCAGACACAGACAGACAGACAUACACUCACACCCACCCACGCACCCACCCACGCAUCCGGCGCAUACCCGGUUGGAUAUCUGCAUGAGCUCCAAAUCCCACUCCACCUCCCCCUUUUUGUCAGCGGCACGAAUGAGGGACUCGUCGAAGGCAACGACGCCAAUCUCCCGCCACCUCCCGUCCUCUCCCUGCCCCAUCAAAGCGAUGUUCGAUUGGGACGGCAGCGGCCCCGCCACAUGCAGCAGCUGGGCCUCGCCGCUGAAUAGCGCGCGAUGACCAGACCGGAGAGUCUUGACGGCGCAGUCCACUACCAGCGGCACCUGAUGAUACCCCACCGUCCAUUCUACGCACAGGGGCUCUCGGUCGGCCGUGCAGCGGUCCAGGGCUGCCUGGACGCUUUCUGCUGAUGUGUCUGAAGGGGGAAAACACGCAUGUGAGGGGAGUGGGUCCAACAUCCGUGCGUGUGGCGAACGCAUGCGCACCAUCAUCCAUCGGCACAGCCCUUAGCGGGCAGAAUGCGCUCGUGAAGGUGUCUUCCUCGGCCACUUCAUCUGCUCUCCUCUUCGUGUGCCGCGAUGACUUGGUGCGCGACGGCCGGGAUGGUGAUCCAUCGCCACUCAGACGCCGAAAACUCACGAAAACUACAGAUAGAGGCCAGCAAUCGACCAAAGAGCAUGAUGGCUUGGUAGAUGCUCCUAUGUCUGCAUGGAUACCUCUGACGCGGCAGCCGAGCUCCACAGGUUGCUGGCUGGCAGCAGCGGGGUGGGCGGGGGUCACCUCAACACGACUGAUCGAACCCAUGCUCUCACCAGGCACUAUCGGGGCUGAGAACACACACAGCACAGGUGCAUCAUCCUGCCAUCUACGCUUUUAUGUCAUUGAUUACAUGGUAUGUCGAUUCGGUCCCUCUUUUUCCAGUCGAGCAGCUCGAUGAUGACCACACGUGACGGCGAGGCAUCGGACGGAGAUGGUAAAGGUGGGUUGGCAUCGGUGGCGGUGGUGGCGGGGAGCGCCUGCUGGCUGUGCAGCAGCACGAGGGCCUUCUCUUGCUUCUUCAUCGAUGACAGCACACGAGCGAGGCCCUUGUACGGCACCUGACCUGACACACACCACACAAAUGGAUGGUGAGUAUAUGCCAGUCUCGUAUCGGCAGCACGAAUGCAUCCGGGCUCCGCUAACUGUCUGACACAAAGGUGAUUCUCCUUCCCCUGCAAACCCCAACCAUCCUAGAGCCACGAUGGCCUCUGGCGGGAGCUCGUCAGGAAGUUGAAUACUCGCCCCGCAUGUGUGUGUGUGUGGUCUGUCUGUCUUUGCGCCUGUCUGUACCUUCAGACAGCGGGCAUGUGAUGGCGUCGUUGUUGCCCUGGUCAUUGGUGUCACCAUCUUCGUCGUCGUCUGUCUGUUCCAUGCGCGUGAUGGGUCGUUUGGUGAUGCCCGUGGCCUGCACGUCUGCCGGUGACGGGAGGCUCCACACCUGACCAUCCUCAAGGAGAGACGAGCCGUCCUCCACGCGAACUGACGACACAACAAAGACACAUAUCCCGCCAUUGCCUCCUGCCGAGUGUGUGGAAGAAAACGGCUCACAUGUGACGGUGUCCCAGAAGCGAGGAGAGGCCCAGCCAGACCCUGCAAGCACCAAGGUAUGGAUGCAUCUUUCAACCGGUGACUGACUGACACGGGAAGAUUGACCUCACCUUUCCGGAGGAUCUUCUUGAUCACGCAGCGGUCCUCCGUCAACACUGAUGGACACCACAACAGCCACACACACGUGCACCGACAAACACCAAGCCUUUUCCACUGUCCCGUCUCCCUCCGCUCACCCAGCACAGACGCCAUGUUGACGAGCUGCACGUGAUAUCUCGUGACAGCGGUACCGUUCCGCAGCUCUUCGUCGAGGACGGUCUCGGCCUGCCUCCCCGACGCCAGCCGAUUGCGAUGUGUCACCAGGCGGCGCGAGUUGCGGUUUGUGCGGAAGACCUCACCGUGUAGGCCACUCGAAUGCACCUGGUCACCCGAGAUGGUGUAGCUGUCAAUGCACCGUAUCUCGGCGACCUCCCCUCGCUUCAUCAGACGGACACCAAGGGCAACAGCAUACGGCAGCUCACCUGACGCAGACAGACAGACACACAUUGCAUCCAACCGUGCGCUGCGUUGGUUAAGACGCUGACACACCAUCGGGCGCCAGAUGGCAGCGGUGGAUGGUCUCGUCCGUGCCGUUGACCGCUGCCGUGUCGGCGGCGUUUUCUCCCUCCCCGACAGGGGGCCUCUCUCGUGUGCUCUGAACACGGACUGCACACACACAUGCACAAGCGAACAACAAAGGACGUCCUCUCAUCCGCUGUGUUCAUUGAUUUGGGCUUUGGCCUGCUAACCGAGGACCUCGUCGCCCCAUCCAGGCUGCUCCAAACCCUGCAAGGAACCGAAAGGGAAGGAACAGAGAGCAGCACCAUGAUGCAUCUCCCUGCAUGCACCUCACGAAACUCACCAUGCCCGUCUUGGUGAGUUUCUUGAGGCAUUUGAGGUCGGCCGUCAACGCAACGGUGUCGCCGACCGAAUCACUGGGAGGCUCGUCGUCAGAGUUCCAAUCGUGAACUGCCGAAAUGCAAGCAGAGAGACCCCGCGUAUGUGUCCACGGAUGAUGCAUGUGAGUCAUCAUCACGUGUCAGCGUACCUGGUGCGUCGGAGUCACCGUGAUCCGACAUGCAGGUCACACGCGUAGAUCACGGUGACUUACGGUGAUACCAAUCAAACUGCGUCCGAGGUAUCUGCUGAGUGGACCAACACGCUGAUGCUAUCAACAGAGGGGAAACCGCUUCCUUUC